AUGCCCAAUGGUUCUCUAAACUCCUUCCUCUUCUCUCAGUCGGAAGACGCAGAGAAGGUGUUGGAUUGGAAGACCAGGUUUGAGAUCGCACUGGGUACUGCACGAGGAUUAGUUUAUCUGCAUGAGGAAUGCAGGGAUCGCAUCAUUCAUUGCGAUAUCAAGCCUGAAAACAUUCUCCUCGACAGCGACUUGAGCCCAAAGGUAGCAGAUUUUGGGCUAGCGAAGUUGGUAGGUAGAGAUUUCAGCCGUGUACUGACGACCACAAGAGGAACUCUUGGAUACUUGGCUCCCGAGUGGAUCUCCGGCCUUCCUAUCACUCCCAAGGUGGACGUAUAUAGCUUUGGCAUGACCUUGUUGGAAAUUAUUUCUGGCCGAAGAAAUUUGGAUUUAAAGGUGGAGGAAAGUAGGUUGUACUUUCCUACCUGGGCUUCAUCUCAAAUUCAGAGGGGAAACAUAAAAGACAUUGUGGAUGCAAGGAUAGCAGGCGAGGCAAAUAUCUAA